AUGGCACUUACGAAGAUAGGGGCUUUGCAGAAACUAGCAAUUGCUCGAAGAGUCGGAUUGCGGCCUACAUGGCGACAGCGCGCAGGAUGUCCCCUCACCGCGCCUGCCCGUCUCCCACUCAUGCGCUGUUUGUCCACCACGAACUCGCUGAAAUCGGCCGAAACCGUUGAAACAGAGAGUUCGACACCCACAGAGACGGAAGAGUGGCAAGUGGCCUUCGAAGACAAGAUACCCCCCAAGCUCGUAUUCGAAGAAUUUGGAGAUAUUCGCGAAUACUUGAGCAAAUGGCAGGUGCUCAAUCCCCUGGACAUGGAUCCGGUGCGACAAUCGACCUCCAAUCGACAAGGGGAGUUGCCAACUCCAAUCGUCGGCUCGAUGCCCAACAACCGAGAGGCGCUGGAUGUUUGGGGCGUUAGAGAGAGAAGGAAUGAGAACGCGGAUAAUGAUAUGUUUGGCAGUGAGCAUCUGGAGCCAGGUGAUCUCAUUGCCCGUUUGGAUUCCUAUGGAUCGUUUAGUUACGGCAUUUACGUGCGGUCUGUCCACAAACAGAAGCAGUUCUACAUCACCAACGGGAAUUGGCGCAUUUGCUCUAUGAUAGAGCUCGACUAUGUUAUCAAAGGAUUUGCCCCACCUGAACUCCUCGAGCCCUUGAAGGAAUGGUUCCCAGAUACCGAAGCCAUUCCACAAGCAGAUAUCCAGGUGGCUCCCGAGGGAGGUCUCCCCAGGCCAGUGGGUGCUCCUCUCUUGGUAAUGAUGAGCAAUUUCAAAACACAUAUUGUGGAGUUCUAUCGGCAACACUCUCGAGCUUUGGACAAUCUGCAUGAAUUGGUAGCAGAUGAUUCCGACGUUACCUGCUUGACCCUUGAUCAAUUGACAAUGACUGCUCUUGGCAUUGAGGAGUCGGAACUGAACAGUGUGAAUCUGUUUGCUGUUCAUCAAGCCGUCCGGCGCCAUCCCUUCCUUAUUGAAAGAGACAAUGUCUCAGUCUUCAGCCAAAACUAUCUUGUGCAGCCAAAAACAGUUGCAAAAAUGGUCAAGCAGGUUGUUGACUGGACCCACGAACACCAGGAUCAUUUGGUUCGCUCUGUCAUGGGUAAAGACGUGCCCGGGUCCAGGGAACACCCGAUGCAGCAGUUUAUUUCCAAAGCGCAGCGGUUGAUCCGCCUCAGCAGAAAGGUCCGUUCUCCGACAAUCAUGUCCAGCGUGGGGCCAUCUGCCCAGAAGUUCCAACGUGGUCAAGAUGGGAAACCUUUGGUCUUUCGGGAAAUGCCUACCGAGACUUUCAAUGCAAAUGACCAGAAGAUUCUUGAAUUUCUGCAACUAUACGCGGUGCCUGCCACUGUUAUGCCGUCUGGUACAUUGAGAUCAACAGCCACACACAUCAUGCGAGCGACGGGAAUGUACAAUACUCUUGGUCUUAGUGAGGCCUCAACCCGGCUUUUGUUGCAGGAACUGGGUGUCAUUGCGCCGUGGGAAAAUCUCUACCCCCUUGACCAACAUUUGAUGCUUCCUGGACACGGUGGAUCGGUAUUGAAGGAGUUGGAGCACGAGGAGAUAGAAGAGUCUUGCGCCAACUUGACAUCUGAUCAGCUGCAGGAUUCUAUGCAAGACCUGAGAAAGGAUUGGGGAGAUCUCCCAGUCUACUGUGUGGACGAUGCAACAGCAGAAGAGAUCGAUGACGGUGUGUCCUUGGAAAAGAUCCCGGGCUCCGACGAUACAUUCUGGGUGCGCAUUCAUGUUGCCAACCCAACUGCCUUUUUGAAGCACGAUGAUCCUAUCAUGCGGAAUGCAGCCUCUCGAAUUACCGCUACCUACAUCCCGGAACGCACUUACCCCAUGCUUCCGAAUACUCUCACUCAGGGCCACUUCAGCUUAGCACCUGGUCGGCCUGUACUUACAAUCAGUGCUAAAAUGAACCUACAAGGAGAGAUUCUAGACACUGAGAUCAAAAACGGGAGGAUCCACAAUGUCAUCACCAUCACGCAUGGCACGCUCCGCAAAUACUUCAACAAAACCUCAAAGCAAUUCAAGGUGACUCGCACGGUAGGCGGCGAGUUUAUCGAACCGCAAUUAUCCAAAAACAAGAAUGUUCACGAGACUUUGCUUCCCGAAGACGAGGAAAGGUUCAACACAUUGCGCCAACUAAUGCUCGCAUUCCGCCAACAAAGAAUCAAAAACGGUGCUAUUGACCUUGCACCAUUGCAUGCCCCAACGUCUGUAUCAGUCCAGACAGGAGGACCAAUGAAGCCAUACGAGAUUCAAGCCACCGUGGGACGGUACUAUCUCGGAGACCCGAUCAUCAGUCUCGGUCUACACGACUUCGACCCAUAUGAGGUCCGCGACGCCUCUAAAGACAAUCUGAUCUCCCUGGUAAUGAACAUGGCUGGAAAUGUCACUGGCCGAUUCCUCGCCUCCCGCAACAUUCCCGCCAUCUUCGAUGGCACAUGGUAUGACCCGGAAUACCAGCGUGUCACCAACGAAAAUGUGUCCGUAUUUGGCGGCAAGAACUUCUACGCUCUCAGUCCGCCGUUGAGUUAUGCGAAAUCUAGUCCUAUUCCUCACCAUACGAUGGGUUUUGACUCCUAUGUCAAGAGCACCAGUCCGCUGCGCCGUUACAACGAUAUCAUUGCACACUAUCAAAUUGAGGCAGCUCUACGUUUCGAGCACGAACAUGGCCGUCAGUUUGAUGCCCUUGUCGACUGUCCCGAAGCAACCGAGCCUGCCAUUCCAGAAAUUGAAUCAGAAUCUGCAAAUAUCGAAGCAGAAUCCAACACAUCCGACGAAAUCACCCCUCCUAUCUCGACCUCGACCUCCACUUCCAUCCUCCCUUUCUCCAAAGCCGACCUAGACGCUCAACUCGAGUACCACGCCCCAGUUCUAGCCCGUCUCCACGACGUCGAGGACUUCUCAACCCAGCACUGGGUCUGCAUGUUCCUCUUCCGCGCAUUCUAUUUCGCAGAAUGUGACCUGCCAGAAACAUUCCCCUGUUUGAUCCGUAUACCGCGUAAUAGGCCUCGACAUGAGGACCCUGGUUAUUCGGCUUCAGUCACUAAUCUCGGAAUAGAGUGUACAGUCACUGUUCCGCCAUCUUUCCCGGAUAGUGAUAAGCUUGAUGUCUAUUCGCUGGUCGAGGCCAAGAUUAUUUCUGUCGAUAUGGCUACUCUUCAGGUUACGCUGGAAGCGGUGAAAUUCGUUAAGCCAUUUGAAAGGACGGGUGAGUGGGCUUGA